AGACUUCCAACUUCCAAGUUCAAUGACGGGGGAAUCCGAAAGCUCCUAUCAAAGUCAAAGCCUGUUCAGUUAAUCCUACCUCACAUUGAAAGUCGAAAACGACAAUUAAACGGGCGUUGUUAGAGUCGUAUUGAAUAAUCAGUCAAAAUCCAUCGGCUUUGACUUGCAAAACCUCCCGAUUCACAAUAAAUACUGCUCACCAUCGCUGUUGCAACAAGCCAACAACACAGCUGUAAUGAUCGCAGUUUAAUGGAUCCACAAUGAGCUUCAUCUGAUCAUCGGGAAGAGGAUGUCCCAAGCUGAUGUCUCUUACAGUUGUGGGUCUUGCGGAUACCCUUUGAAUUUAACAUCUUCCAAUCGAAUCACCUCUGCCAUUGGAUCUGAAUAUCGCAAAUCCAUAAAGAAAGGUUUUAUCUCCUUCCUUUCUGUUGAUUUGAGUCGCUUCACACAGGUUGACGAGGUAAACUGUUUUGUCUUUCACUGGGGUCGUUAUCGUUCGAAAACAAAACUUUUAUGUCGAAAAUGUGGGGUUCAUAUUGGCUAUGGCUAUGGGGACACACAUGUUCUCUGUGGUUUUGACUCGCCCAACUCAUCAAGCUCAACCUAUAAAAAGUUUGUUAUAAAGAUCCGAGCUCUACAGCCUUCAGAAGAAAGCUAAAGAGAAUGUAAAGAGGUUGACAUGGAAAAUGCUUCAAGUGGUGGUCAUACUUCAGUACUGCACCUACCUGAUGAUUGCCUUUCUUUUAUUUAUUCACGGCUUGACUGUAACUUUGACCGUGAAUCAUUUGGUUUGACUUGCCAUCAGUUGCUUAAUAUUCAAAAUGUUGGCCACCAAUCCUUACAAUUUCACUUUUCACUCGGGAUACUGACUUUACGAUAUGAUACCAACUUUGAGGUUAACUCCCACCAUCUCUCUAGGCUGCUCACCCGUUAUGAUUCAGGCCUCACUCAUUUGCAAUACUACAGUUCAAAGUUGCACACCCUUUAUUUGGAUUGUUGUCUUGCACUCACUGAUGAUGGGCUUUCUGUAGUUGUCGCUGGCUAUCGCUCCUUAGAAGUUAUUUGUAUUCACCGGUGCAUAGUCACAGAAGUUGCCUUGGAGGUUUUGGCCGCCAGCUCUUGCUUUGCAAUGAAACUUGUGAAUCUGUCUCACUCUGCGCGUCUUUCUGACAAUGGGUUGAGAGCUCUAUCCCAGGCAUGCUAUAAGCUUCUUGCAGUGGAGGCAUCUAUUUGAUCAUUAUUGGAUGGCAUACUCUGUGCCCUUGGGAACGCUAUAGUAGUUUAUAUUUUGUUUCGUUUGGUAUAUAGUUAUAUAUUGCUCAUUAGAUUUUUCAGAUGGCAUUAUGCAUGCCAUUGGAAAUCCAAUCAUACCUGUAUUUUGUUUGCGGAAUAUACUGAUGCUAUUUGUUA